AUGGCCCCGCCUAUCCCAACACUUGGAUCGGUGAUCUUGGUUUCGUGCCUCCUGCUGCUUGUGCUACCCGCUCCCGCUGCAGCUUUUGGCGCUGGGAAUAUCCCAAGUAUUGCCAAUAUUGAAGGAGACAACUUCAGACAUGGAGAUAUCGAGGACUUUCUCAAGACUGUCGCCUUUAUCAAGGGCCACAAAUGGACCUCGAUGAUGAUAAAGAGAGUCUAUUUCGGUAACUGGCUUAGAGAUUAUUCACAAGCUAUUGACGUGGGGAGCGUGAAGGGUGUCUCCGCGCCGACAAUCCGGAUCCUGGUGUGGGUCUUGAGCUUCUUGGCUUUUGGGUACGCUACGGAGGAGUUUGAGGUUACCGAAGAGAGAUUAGGCGUUUAUAGGCCCGAAGAACAUAUUGAUAAUCCUAAAGAUUAUGCCGACAAUAAGGAUGCAAGACAAUAUGAUCCUCGUCUUAGAGGUCCCGUUCAGAAUGUGGAGCUCGAAAUUGAUAACAACACAGGAAUGAAAAACUACAUUGCAAAUGAGAACGGAGGUUGGGCAACCAGUUCAGGCUAUGUCAAGUUCAGCUUCGCUAGAAGCAUUCAUUUCGGAAGAUUAUAUACGAGCGGUUCUGGAAAUACUCACGGGAAAGAGGCUGACCUUUGCGAGGCGUUGAGGUGUCUUGGUCAGGGUCUCCAUUGUAUGGAAGAUUUUGGAGCUCACACGAAUUAUGUGGAACUUGCCCUCCGCGAACUUGGCCAUAAGGAGGUUUUUCCACAUACGGGCGUAGCAACAGAGAUCAAUGUCCGAGGUCACCGCAUCUUUCCUCUCGUUACCGGGACGUUUGGCGCAGUAGAUUUCUUACAUUCUGUUUUGGGAGAGGCAACCGACCAUUUCACCCAGACUGAGGUUGAAGAAAUGGAUCUAGCCCUCAAAGGCGCCGAACAGUCUCAGUCCCGGGCUGAUGGUCAGAGAGGAUUUGGCUCUGUACAAGAUUUCGCCGGUCUCCUAUCUCAAGUACCUGGUGCAGGUAGCGGAUUAGCCCAAACUGCGAGAGACCUCCAGACACAAUCUGCUGCUCAAGAAUAUGAGAAUGCUACCGCACGAGCCGACGCUCAGGUUAACACGCAAUUCCAGGCCCCACCAGGCUCGAGCACAGGUCCGCCGGGCCCUGGGGUCCCUGGAAUGAGCGCUGAUUUUGAUCCUGUUAAAACCGCUAAGAAGAUCUACCCGAUUUUGGAGUUUCGAGACAAAGUUGUGAAAGCAAUCAACGCAACAAUUGCCAAGAUUCCGGGCUUAGAAUCGCUAGUUGAGAAGAUCAGCGAGACACUGACUGUCUUCGUGUUAUCACUCCUUUCACCGUUUAUAAGACCUAUCAUCCAGGCAGUCUCUAAAGCUCUGAAGGAUGGAUCAUCCACCGUAGUUAACGCUAGGCAUGUUGAGCAUAUCUCUGCAAACCAGCAGUUUGAGCCUUGGAAUGAUCCUCAUUGUACCAACCCGACCCACUCUAUGCUGUCUAAGGAUCACUUCUCCAACAAAUUGAAUGGUGUUGGAGGUCGAGUGGCUACAACCAUCCUUCAAUAUGUCACACCUCGGCUCAUAUACGCCUGGCAAAAUCCCGGAGUUCCCGUCGAUGAGGUGAUGAAUGAUAUUCUUAAAGCAUUCCACCACCCAGCCCUCCGCGAUGAGAGUCUCGAAAUCCACAGAAACAUGUUUAACACAGUCAGGAAGUGGGUAGAGGAGCAACCCGACCGCCACAAUCUCAACCACAUCCUAAGUUCCGCCUCUGUCAAAGCCGGACGCAAUCAUAAGGUAUCUAGCGACAAGGGUGGCCACGAUCACUCCCAUGGUUCACUUGGCGGCCACGGAAAGACAUCUGGCUCUAUAUGGAGCGAAAUCCGAAACCGUGAUCUAGGUGCCAUGGAAGGACGGGAUGAUAAUCCUCAGUCAUCCUAUAUCUCAAGCAGCCCUCAGCCUAGUUCGCCUGGACGUCCACCUCAGUCACCCAGUUUCGGAUACCAGAAUCUAGGGCAGCCUAGUUCCUCACAAGGCGGGUAUUUAAGCACCGGGUACCAACAGAGCUAUCAGCAAGGUGGUCCCUCACAAGGCGGAUAUUCGGCCCCUUCAUAUCAACAACCACCGUAUGGUGGCGCGCCGCCAGGGCCUCAAUAUCCCGGACAUGGUAGCCCGCCACCUCCUGGCCCUUAUCAAGGUCCUCCAGGGCCUGGUUAUUGGGCUACUCAGGGACCUCCCCCACCCGGUCCCGGUUUCCAAGGCGGACCACCACCAGGGCAGUAUCCACCGCAGCAGCCGCCAUAUGGAUACCCGCCCGGAGGCUAUGGUUACUAG